CGACCCGCAGACUCAGUGCGCUGCACCCUGGAAAUAUGCGCUCAUAUUCGUUAUUACUGUAAAUGGGAAUGGACGUCAACAUGCUGUUUUUGACUUUACUGAUGUGUUACAAUCCGUAUGCUUUUGGACUGUUAGAGGAUAUUAAUAUUGAGGAUGAUCUUUCUCCCGACUUGACCGACUUUGAUUUGGAUAUUUCUCCCCGUAGAGUGCCUCGUCAGGUGAAAUCCAUGCUUAUUAAGGAGACCAAACCGCAUAUCCAGGAGUUGUCGGUGAAGACCACCAUUAUCUCCCGAUACGCCUUCACGGCGGUGUCGUGCACCAUGCUCAACCGGCACUCCGCCGCCGCCGAGGGCGUCUUCCAGUUCCUGAUUCCCAAGAACGCCUAUGUCUCGAACUUUACCAUGAUCAUUGGGGGGCGUGUCUACCCCAGUGAGGUCAGGCCCAAGGAGAAGAAGGUCAAACAGGGGAAGGGCGGUGAGGCCAAACCCAAGAACAAGGAGGCAGGUGAACAGAGUAGCGAACCAGAGGUGGAGGUGUUCAGGAUGGGGGCCAGUAUCCCAGGUCGUAACCGGGCCAUGUUCAUGCUGACCUAUGAGGAGCUGCUCCAGCGGAGGCUGGGGAGGUAUGAGCAUGUGACCAGCCUGAGACCCCUGCAGCUGGUCAGCCGUCUCAGUGUGGACGUCACCAUUGUGGAUCACUCCACCAUCACCCACCUGGAGGUGCUGCCACUGCGCAACGGCAAGAGCAACACGGCAGUUGCCAGGGGUGCCAGUGCAGCGAAGACACCUGGUACAGUUUGA